AUGUCAGACAGCGGAUAUGCUACUACUGAUCCAUCUUGUGAUUCCCCGGGCGACCCUAAACCGGACAAGGAGGAUGAGUUCAUACACGUAAGCUCGGUAGGGAGCAACAAUGAAACCACUAUCCGCGACAAACCAAUGCGCAAGGUCACAUCAUCGCCAAAAUCACCUCCAAGGCCAGAUGUAGCGCAAAAAGCUAACUCGCCGCCAAAGCCUCGGCGAUCUGCGCCCUCGUCUGACACAGCUGAGAAUGGCGAGUUGAAGAAAUGGUGGGAUCAUGAAUGGGCAAUGGAUCAGUUGGAACAUUCGAUCAAGGAAUUCCCUCGGAGCAUGCUUAGAUUGACAUCCCCGGUCAUAAUACUCAUUCGUCAUACCGACGAAAAGGACAUCCUGCGCAGGUUUCGCCAGAUCUUUCCAGAUGCUGCAGAUAAUCUAUUAGAUGGUCUCUGUGCAGCUCUAAUAGCGCGGAACUACGUGCUCUCGUUAGCAUCAUCUAAACGCAAAAUUGCAAAUCAUUGCCAUCGCCCCACCUUGUCUCGUCUUGACACCGUUCCCGAGAGAGCGAGCGCGAUGUUAGGUACGCCACUUGCCCCGUCAUCGCCAUCGCGAAUCAGAGAUCGGGUCUUGGGGUCGCGGAGUGGAGAGCUCAACAAAAGCUUAGACCGAAUGAUUGAUGAUCUGCUGUUUGCUAUAUGUCGCAAGCACGACGCAACCCUAAAGUCCGCUGUGCUCGUCUUAGCUCAGGUCCUGGAGACCAAAGCCUAG